AUGCUUUCCCAUUUGCGCAAUCGCACUUCAGUGAAUUGUCUUCAGGCACUCUCUUCACAAAUCAGAGCUGCCAGCACAAUGAAAGAAGCUAUUGUAUCGCGCGGACCAAAAGUCCAUAUCGUUGACAGCCCGAUACCGAAAGCGGGACCUGGACAACUUGUCGUCAAGAUUGAGUACGCUGGUAGUAACCCCAAGGAUUGGAAACGACCUGAGUACUGGGGAAGCAAGGCCUCCAUCAACCAGGGAGAUGACCACUCUGGAACUGUCUCCGAGGUUGGCGAAGGAGUAUCUGACUUCAAAGUCGGUGAUCGCGUCGCGGCUAUGCACGAGGGGAAGCAGCCUGGCGGGAGUUACACUGAGUAUGGUGUAAGCUGGGCAUACACCACCAUUCAUCUACCGGAACACACUACUUUUCGAGAGGGUGCUGCCAUACCCUUCGCUGCAUUCACCGCAGCUUGUGCCCUCUACGCAAAGCUCAAUCUUCCCCACCCGACGCAUCCAAACUCCGACGAUCAAAAGCUACCUCUUGUGAUCUGGGGCGCUUCAUCAGCCGUUGGGUCAUACGCAGUACAAUUGGCAAAGAAGUCUAACAUUCAUCCACUCAUUUGUAUCGCUGGUCGUGCGCAAGAGCACGUCGAGAGAAUGAUUGACAGAUCCAAGGGCGACACGGUCAUUGACUACAGAAAAGGGCACACGGCAGUCGCGCAAGAGAUCAAGGCUAGCCUUAGAGGCGAAAAGCUAGAGCACGCCUUUGACGCUGUAUCUGAAAUGGGUUCUUACCAGACCAUUUGUGAGGUCCUUGACCAGGAGACUGGGAAGAUCACUCUCAUCAUUCCUGCACAGAGCUAUUCUGAUAUCCCCAAGACCAUUGAGAAAUCAGUCACUACGGUAGCCAGUGUACAUGAAGAUUUGAAGGAAUUCGCCCGGGCGUUUUCGAUACACUUUGGCAAAGGGCUGGAUGAGGGCUGGUUCAAGGCGCAUCCGCAAGAGGUUGUGCCUGGGGGCUUGGAAGGGAUAGAGAAGGGCUUGAGGGACUUGCAGCGCGGAAAGGCUAGCGCAGUGAAGUAUGUCUACAAGAUUGCCGACACGCCAAGAAUAGAGUCUCAAUGA